AUGAGUACUGAUUAUGAUUCUAUUGGAAAUGUGGGUAUGAUGGACAAAUGUUAUUUUACAGGGAAGAGUGACUUAAUUAAUUGGCUAAACUCUUACUUUAGUCUAAAUGUUUCAAAAAUUGAGGAUUGUGCUAGUGGAGCAAUAUAUUGUCAAAUAGCCGAUGCAGUAUAUUACUACCAGGUACCUAUGAAGAAUGUAAAUUGGGGAGUAAAGCGUGAUUUUCAAUUUUUGCACAAUUAUAAACUACUUCAACAGGUCUUUGGAAAAGUAAAACAACCUAAAUACAUUGAUAUAAAUAAACUUAUAAAGGGGAAAUAUCAAGACAACUUAGCAUUUUUACAGUGGAUGAAGGGAUUAUUUGAUGAAUCUGGUGCUGCUGAGAGAGAUUACGAUGCUAUAGGUAGGAGAAGCUUAGGAAAAGGCCCUUUCCCAGAGUUUGCUGGUAAAAUUAUGCAACUUACUCAAGAUAUAGAUGAUUCAAAUAAUAAUCAUUGCUAUAGGCAGACAAUGGGUAAUACUUUGAAUAGAAAACCUAAUGUGCCUACAAGAGCUUCAUAUUCAUCGAAUAUUGAGAUUGAAAGAUUAACAAAAACUCUAAAUAAAGAGAUAGAAGAAAAAGAUAUUGUUGAUAAAGAACGGAUGUUUUAUUUUAAUAAAUUAAGGGCAAUAGAGAUAUUAUGUGAGACUCUCAGAAAUCAGAAGCAAUCAAAUGUAUCAUUGAACAAAAUAUCAGAUAUAUUAUAUGACAGUAACGACAUAGAUCUUGAAGUAUUUUCUAAGGAAAUUGAUAGUAAAUUUUCGAAAGGUAAUUCAAAUGAAUUAACUAGCACUUCUUCUGGUAUAGGUGAAUUUUCAUAUAUAAGCUAG